AUGGCUCGGGGAUGGGACGUCGGCUCGAAGAUGCAGCCAUGGAGACAAGGGCACGGGGAUGGGGCCACGGGGUCGGGCCGGCAGGGCAGGGGCCAUAGGGUCAGUGCUGCGGGCUGGGAGCGGCAGGGCAGGGGCUACGGGGUCAGGCUGGCGGGUGCCUGGAGGGCAGCUUGGAAAUGCAAUUGUGGAAAUGAGGGUGUGGGGAUGGGGCCACGAGAAGGCGGCACGGGUCAGGGCUGCAGGGUCGGGUUGGUGGGGCGGGGGCCGCAAGGUCGAGGCCAUGGGCUGGGGGCGGUGGGGCAAGGGCCGCGGGAUUGGGUCGACGAGGUCGGGAUCGACGGGAUCAAGGCGGCCGCAGGCAUGGCCAAAGCACAAGCUCGAGGCUGCGGGAUGCUGGAGCAUAGGGAGGGGAGAACCAUUGGGAAGGAGGUGCUGGGGAGGGGGGAACCAUCGGGAAGGAGGCACCAGCAAGGGAAAAAAAGUUGGGAAGGAGGAGGCAUCGGUGAGAGGGGAAUCACGGGAAGGUGA